CAACCAGACCUCAACCUCACCCCCAUCCGUGAAGCCGACACGAAAACCCCCUGCAGCAAUGGAGAAACCCCUACCCUGACCCAAAGCCACGCAGAAAACCUUGAUUUGACCUACAACCAUGGCGAAGGCCCUAAUUUUGGAGACAACCUUGAAGAACCAAAACCUCAUCCGAUUCAGAACUGUGAAAAACCAGAUCAAGAUCAUGGAGAACGAAACCCUGAUCCACCCCAUAGUUAUGCAGAGCCGGAUCCAAGUCUCUCUGAAAACCCUAAGCAGACACCUAACCUAUCUGAAAGCCCCAAUGACCAACCAGAUCCCAACCACACUGAGAACCAGCCUGAAAACCCUUAUCAGAACCCCAAACCAUCUGAGAAACCCUUAGUAUCGGAGAAUGGUGGCUUAACCACCACAAGGAGUGGCACUGAUCGUGAAUUUUCAGGUGGAGAAGAGGAAACGAGCAGCAAGAGAAGACGUCGAAGUCGAUGGGAACAGCCAGAAUCGGGUGAAUCCUUGCCAGAUUCUGGUGGUCGUCGGCGGAAAACCAGGUGGGCAGAUGAGGAACCGAAACCAUUAAUUCAGCUGCCUGAUUUCAUGAAGGAACUUACUGGUGGCAUGGAGCUUGACCCUGAAGUUCAAGCUCUAAAUAUCAGGUUGCUCGAUAUAACCAGGCUUUUACAGUCUGGUUUACCAUUAGAUGACAGACCUGAAGGUGCUCGAUCCCCUUCUCCGGAACCAGUCUAUGAUAACAUGGGGAUUCGGAUCAAUACCAGGGAGUAUCGAGCACGAGAGCGAUUGAACAGAGAGAGACAGGAGAUAAUUUCUCAACUUAUCAAGAAGAACCCAGCUUUCAAACCACCUGCUGAUUACAGGCCACCAAAGCUUCAGAAGAAGCUUUACAUACCCAUGAAAGAGUAUCCAGGCUACAAUUUUAUUGGGUUGAUUAUUGGUCCAAGAGGCAAUACACAAAAGAGAAUGGAGAAAGAAACAGGAGCUAAGAUAGUGAUUCGAGGAAAGGGUUCGGUUAAGGAAGGGAGGUUACAACAAAAGAGGGAUUUGAAACCAGACCCAAGUGAGAAUGAGGACUUACAUGUUUUGGUUGAGGCUGAGACGCAAGAAGCUUUGGAUGCAGCAGCUGGAAUGGUGGAGAAGCUUUUACAACCUGUAGAUGAAGGGCUUAAUGAGCACAAAAGGCAGCAACUUCGAGAGCUUGCAGCUCUUAAUGGAACCAUUAGAGAUGAUGAAUUUUGCAGGCUUUGUGGUGAACCAGGUCAUAGACAGUAUGCUUGUCCAGCUCGAACUUCUACAUUUAAAAGCGAUGUUUUGUGUAAGAUUUGUGGAGAUGGAGGUCACCCAACUAUUGAUUGCCCCAUGAAAGGAUCAGGAAAGAAGAUGGAUGAUGAAUAUCAAAAUUUCUUGGCUGAAUUGGGAGGUGGAUCAUUGCCAGAAACCAGACAAAACCAGAGCCAACCUCUCUUAAUCCUUAAUGGCCCCUCUUCAAACACAUCAGGUAACAGCACCACGAAUCCCCCCUGGUCUAGCACUAACCCAGGUUUAGGUAGCAUGGCUCAAACACAAGCAAAUGGAAUGAAAACUGCGGUUAAGGAGUACGAUGACACCAAUCUAUACAUUGGAUAUUUGCCUCCGAAUUUAGAUGAUGAUGGUUUGAUUAGGCUUUUCUCCCCUUUUGGCGAGAUAGUUAUGGCUAAGGUUAUCAAAGAUAGGAUCACUGGAUUGAGCAAAGGCUAUGGUUUUGUGAAAUACUCAGAUGUGACGCAAGCCAUCCAGGCUACUGCUAGCAUGAAUGGAUAUCGUUUGGAAGGGCGGGUAAUUGCAGUGAGAGUGGCAGGCAAGCCGCCUACGGGCCCUCCUGUGACCACCAUCACCACCGCUCCACCUAAUCCUGAUGCGACAAGUGUUGCAUAUACGGCACAGCAUUUUAACCCGAUGGGGUCCACACCCCAAUCCUAUGGUGGAGGUGCACCGGUCCCUUGGGGCCCAUCCCCACCUCAAUCCUAUAAUCCUUAUGUCUCUCAUGCGCCUGGGUCAGGUGUGUAUGGUUCGGCUCCUCCACCCUAUGGUGUGCAAUACCAAGGGAUGGGUUCGUAUCAACCGGGCUUGUUGCCCUCUUCUUCUCCUUUGGUUCAAAGUGCUCCUUCUCUUGGAAUGCAAGCACAAGGUGGAGUGCAAGGGGGUGGGGUUGUCUAUGGUGGGUCUCAAGGGUACGCUACCCCUUUGAUGGGUUAUGCAUCUUACUAUGGGAUGGCGCCGACACCGCCAGCGCCUAAUAUGAGUGCUCCUAUGGUGGAUGGAUCAAAGGGAAUUGGUGGUGUACCGUGGGCCUCCAAUGCUUCUGUGCCUCCUCAGAAUGUUUCAUCGGCGGAGACUAGUUAUGGUGGGGAUGCAGAGUAUGAGAAGUUUAUGUCGGAAAUGAAGUGAUACAUUUUCUGCUUGGAGUUCCUCGAUCAAGAAAGGCAUAGGUUUCUUGGAGCUAUUGUGACCCUGAUUUCAUACCUGUAGCUAUGACUCACAACUAUUUGGAAGUUUGGGACUUACCUGUUUAACCUUGAUAUGCUGUUAUGACAGUUGCAGAGCAUUGCAGAUCAAACAAGCAGAGGAGUUUAUUUGGGAACUGCAGUUGUGGUUUCCGCAUCAUAAUGGGUUGUUUAAUAGUUAGUGAUUAAUACCUUAUAAUUUUUGUUGUUUUAACUUUUGUUUUGUUUUUUGGAUAUAGACCCAACAAGCGAGUGGUCAUAUAUUUCUGUCUCUUCCCCUACCACUCAUCUCCUCUUUCUUUCAUCUUAGUUUCUUUUUCCCUUUUUAAGUGUUUUCCUCUGAUGCAUCAGAUAUUCUAACCGCUUACGAUCCUAUUCUUUUAAGCAUGCAGGAGGGUUUAAUCAUUGAGUUACAUUAUUGUGUUAUUUGGCAUUAUUUGAUACUAUAUAUAUGCUUUUGUAUUCAUGAUAUUAACAUGGGCUUUAUUCCUUGAGUGCUUUAUUUGGUUUAGAUUCAAAUUGCACGGUGAGACUGAGUUUUUAUAUUAUCAUUUAUCACAUCCACUAUUACUAACAGUCCUUUCAUCGAUGAAUGACGUCGCUUUAGCAGUGAGCUUUUGCACACUUGACUUUGGUACUCUUUGCCAGUUCUAACUUUUAAGCAGGAAGGAUUUGAUUUUUUAAUUCCAAAUUAUAUUUAUUGUGCCCAGCUAUAAUAUUUUCUGUUCAUUUGUGCCAGGAUAAGGGGGAGAUUGGUAUUCACAGUGUUGACAAUCCAUAAGAAAUCUGCACUUGUUGUGAUACUCAUGCUAUUGUGAUGCAUAUCUUAUAGGGUGUACCAGUCCUCAUGAUCUUUUACACUUUGUGCUUUCAAUCAAGUUGCUGUUUGCUUUUCAUUUUUCUUUUUUAAGAUUUUGGAAUGUUUUGACUUCCAAUAGCAUGCAUCCAGUAUUUAGGUUAUUCUCUUUCUUGCACCUUCAGUUGCAACAAUUGAAUUCUUAUGUGAUAUUAUGUCUUUAUGUGUCUGUUUAUGUGCAUGUUCACAUGUAUGAUGUUUGUAGUAUGUUUAUCUAUGCAUGUGAACUCAAUGGUCUUUGUAUGUGUAUGCAUAUAACUAUGUGUGUGUGUAUUUGCACAAGCUUGCCUGCACCUGUUCUUCGUGUGAUCCUUCUCUGUGUGUGUAUAAAAGGUGUGCUCUCCACCUGUUCAUACAUGCCAUUCUUUGUAAUCAUUUAACAUUACAUGCAAAUAUGGUUGAGAGUAACGGUUUGUGCCUUGGGCACACUAAUUUUUUGUAGGAAGUCUUUGACUAUAUUUCUUGAUUGUUGAGCUUCCGCUGCAACUUGGUUGUAGAUAGUGUCCCUCAGUUAUUUACCAAAAACAUGUCUACUUACAUCUGUAUGCCACAGACACAAACACUUCAGUUGCUCAUUAUAUAUGGGAAAUUCUGUUUGUUUCUGAUCUUUGUCAUUCUUAUGGGUACUAUCCUCUUUAUAUAAAAGUUUUGAAUGGUUACAUUCUUUUAAUUUAUGAGAAUCGUUAACUCAUAUUCCCUUAGAUUAAGUUUUGUAACGAUGCCUUUCAUUAAUUGACAAGAAAAUUAUUUCCAUGUGAAUAGAUGUUAUUGAAUUUGCUGAAAUUUAUUAUUAAAUGAUUUUAUAGACAAAGACUUGAGGAUUAGGGAUAGGAAGUUGAUUAGAAAGGGAGAAAGGGCACAGCACAAAGACUGACUAGGCCAUCUAUCAUGGAGGACAUGGAAUGUGAAUGUUUGUUCUGAGAAUGGCAUGGAAUGGGAAUUUUAAGGGUGUGAAUGUGGCCGGGGUCCAAUAUUUUAGUUGAGCCUGCAGCUUUGGGGAUUUUUUGAUGCAAGGGUUUCUGUUUCGUUUUAUUUUACUUAUUUUAUUUUAUUUAGAUAAAGUGUAAUGGUAGGAGAAGGUUGAGAAGUCGCAAUUAGAAUAGAGGAGUAUAUUUUAGAUGGUUUAGGUGUGGAGACAUAUGGUGAUUUUGGAAGAGUGGACAAAACAAUAGCUUUGAGGAAAGGAGAUUAUGUUUGGUAUUGUAAGGAUCAUCGUAGGAGUAAAGUGGAAAAUUGGUUCUGCAUGUGUCUUAAGUGGUAGGAAUAUCAUUCUGGUACUGUAGAAUAUUAGUGUAAUGCUGUUGAAUGGGGGAGCAUGGUGGGGCAUUUCGGAGGUAUUUCCAGAUUCAGCUGAGGAAGGGAGAAGGGACUUUGAUCUUGUAUGGAGGGAAGUAUGCUAGACAUCAAGCAGACCAUGAAAAAUGAGAGGGUUAGCCAAAGAGUUGGAUAAUUACAUAACUUGAAGUAUCUUGGAUGAUAUUAGCUGACCACAAGGAGCCUAAGGUGGAGGCUACAUGUGUGGAGGAAAAUGAGUGACAUUGACAGCUUCUGUGAUUUGUUGGUGCCUCACCCUUUAAUGGUUCGAAGAUGAACAGAAUAGCGUGACUUUUUUAGUUUUUUUUUUCAUUUUUCACUAUCUUUUUUCAAAUGUUUUCUCUUUCAUUUUACUUCUGUAGUAGAAGAUCUCAGAUGCUUUGUGUUUUACAUGCAUGCAAAUCAUGUAAGCACUUCAAUCUCUUCUUCCAUAUUGCGAGCCAAGUAAAAUCCUAGAAUCUAAUUGGAAUUUAGUCAUUGCAGUGGUGGUAUAAAGCUCUCAUAUGUUCCUGAAUCUUCUUCCAUCUACCUUAUUUGUUUUUACUACGAAACCUUUUCGACCACCAAAUUUUAUUUUGUUAAUUAUCUUUUCAGUCAUUGCUUCUGUCUUCUCUGGGAGGCAUGUGAGUGAUUUGUUACUUAUCGAAUGAUUAUGUCAUGUUUAGCUUUUCAUUAAUGGCAUUAGUGCCACUUUGAAGAUUGAAUAUUUUUUACUUUAUUUAUCAGUUGAAGAACUAUUCACACCCACAUGCUUGCACCCAAAUAUAUAUGUGCAUGCCUAGCAUAUGUGCUAUCCAAUUUUUGCCAAAAUUAUUUUCUGGUUUCCUUAUUCACAUCCAUUCCAGCACUUCGGUGUCUGACAUAACUAAGUAUUAUCAUUAUGGUUGACAUUUGUUUUAUUGUUGGGAAGUGCAAUCUGGGUUCGGCCUCCAUCAUCAUUGCCAUUUGAGGUAACAUAAUCUGUGCAUGUAGGUUUUCAUGGUCGAAAUCUCAUGCUAUUAUUUCCUCUAUUUUCUCUUUGGGAUUUUAAGCAUUUUUGUCUUUGUCCAUUUGUUUAUUUUAAGAAAACUCGGAGUCUUAAGUCUUUAUAGAAAUUAAUGACCAUACUCCCCCCCGCCCCCAAAAAAACAACAAAAGAAAAACGAAAAAAAAAGUAGUAGAAAAGAAACUGUUGCGUGCAAGUUACUCCAACUUUCUCUUGAGUGAAUCGAUUAUUUGGAAAUUUAGCUUAUGAACCAGACCAAGUUUUUGAUCGGAAACGUCCUUUUUUUUUUCUUGCUUCCCUGAGAGUACUUAACUGUUGAUUAUUCCAAGAAAAUAAUAUACUCAAGAUUUGGUUAAAUACAGUUGCGGCGUGACAAGUUUUUGUUUUUGCCCAGCUCAGACAAAUCAAUUGAUGGAGUUUCAUGGCCUGUUGGUUCUUGGUGGGGGAUAUAUGUUCUGGUGGGAACAUGAGUUUCCCAGAUGAUGGAAAACUUGUUCUAAAGCAUACAGCAGUGUAGUGUGUGUAUGCUUGUUACAUCAACUUAUGUAUUAUAGUGUACGCAAUACAUAAAUUAAUUAAUAGAAUUGCCAUAACAACUUGCAUCU